AUGCGGUUACCACCAGUGCUUCGGAACCGCGAUGUCGUGCUUCUCUUAACUGCACUGCUAGAGCAAUGUCAUGGUGAUUUUGAUACGUUCUUGGACACCCUCGAAGUCUUGAUUGGAGUUAACGUACUGCGCCUGCGAGCGCCGCGCCCCCUAAUCAACUACAACAACAACUUCGACCGGCACAUGGAUGCUGCCACCGCCCGCACCAAGUUUCGAUUUUCGAUCGACCAACUUGCCGUUCUAUGUGUAAAGCUGCGACUGCCAGAGUUCACGGUCACGCCAUGGCACGACAAGGUCGACACAGUUGAAGCAGUUGCCAUCGUAUGCCGACGGAUGGCAGAGACUUGUCGAUUGUACACAAUCGCAUCUGAAUUUGGACGAUCGUUGGAGGCCUGCAGUCGAAUCAUCAAUGCUGUGGUGAACGCAAUCUAUCGAAAGUGGCACGAUGUGAUGUACUUCCAUGAGCGUCUGACCGCACUGCGUGCAGAUUCGUACGCUGAAGCCAUUGAAACCAAGAGCGGCCUCCGCGGAAUGAAGACAUGCAUUGCCUUCAUUGAUGGUACCAAGCAGUUUAUCAGCCGCCCAACUCCACGACCCACGGCAUCGGAGCCCGAGAACCUCCAGCGCGUCGUUUACAAUGGUCACCCACGGCGCCAUUGUCUCAACUGGCAAGGUGUUUCCGUCCCCGACGGCAUCAUCGUCGGCAUGUACGGGCCCGUUGAAGGCCGACGCCACGACUCGACGAUGCUUUCAAUGAGUUGUUUGUUGGAUCGGUUCAAGGCAAACCCAGUCUUGGCGCGGUUCUGUCUGUACGGCGAUCCGGCAUAUGGAUGCCGUCAGUGUCUGUCCUGCCCGUUUGCAAAUGCUGUACCGGGAACAUUUGAGGCAGUCUUCAAUUCAUCGAUGAGUUCCGUGCGCGAGUCCGUCGAAUGGAGCUUCCACUUAGUUAAAGGUUUGUGGCCGUACGUAUCUUACGACAAAAAGAUGAAAGUACGAGGAAGUCCUAUUGGCUUGCUGUGGUUAACUGCAACACUUUUGACGAACUGUCACACGUGCCUGAAGCCGGAUGGAAAUCAGAUAUCCAUGUACUUUGAUGUGAAACCGCCAAGUCUCGACGUAUACUUGUCAUCAGCACUCCCCUAG